AUGUCUCCCAGCUGGACCAACCUCGUCAAGUUCAUCAGCGAAGAAGAUGGCCAACCCCACCUCGGCGAAGUCGAUUCCAAGACCUACCCAGAUGUCGGCCUCGCAGUCCUAAAAGGCGAGAAAAUCGCAGUCAAACUAGUCAAGGGCACAAUCUUCGACGGCGUCGUAACAGACACAACCAUGCACAUCGCCCGCCUGCUCGCCCCAAUCGGCAUCGAAGAAGUCCCCAUCAUCCGCUGCCUGGGCCUCAACUACCGCGACCACGCCAAGGAAGCAAACAUGCCCAUCCCAGACGUGCCAGUCCUCUUCAUCAAGCCCCGCACAGCUCUCAACGGUCCCUAUCCGGCCAAGAUCAACGUCCCCAAGCUCGCUCAGGACGGCUCCAGCGACUACGAGGCUGAGCUCUCUAUCAUUCUGUCCAAGUCUGGUCGGGAUAUCCCCGAGUCGGAAGCUAUGGAUUAUGUUCUUGGAUACACGUGCAGUAACGAUGUCAGUGCUCGCACGCAGCAAUUUAAGAAUAGCCAGUGGUGUUUCUCAAAAGGUCUCGAUGGAUCGUGCCCAUUGGGUCCCGUUCUGGUCUCGCCUUCUGCUAUCGGUGACCCGCACAACCUUUCCAUUAAGGCAAUUCACAACGGGAGUGUGGUGCAGGAUUCCAAUACUCGGGAAAUGAUCUUCGAUAUCGCAAAGACUAUUGCUUUCCUUUCACAGGGUACUACUCUGGAGAAGGGAACUGUCAUCAUGACCGGCACUGGUCCUGGCAUUGGUGCCAUGCGCAACCCUAAGGUUGUGUUGAAUGACGGUGAUGAUAUGCGGGUUGAGAUUGAGAAUAUUGGUACUUUGAUUAACAAGGUCCAUUAUGAGUAG